AUGGCCGAUAUCACGACCCGCAACCGCGAACACUUUGAUCAAGUCGCCUCGAGUCACCAGGAUACCUGGGCACCGUUCAUACAGGCGGUCAUUGAGGAGUUGAAGGAGAGGAGAUUGUGGAUCUCGGCCAAGUUGGGGUCCGACAGCAGUUCAACAGAUGGGAAAGAUCCAGUCAAGUUGCUCGACUAUGCUUGUGGCUCGGGAACGGUCUCAAAGGCCUUGAUUCCCUACGUCACCGAAGCAGUAGGGGUUGACCUUUCUGCAAACAUGGUGGCCGAGUACAAUAAAUGGGCUGAAGGAUUGGAUGGCCAUGCUCAUGCCAAAGCCCACGCCUUUCAAUGCGACUUACUCGCGGAACCACAGCCCACCGACCCGGCCCUCUCUGAUUUCGACAUUGCCGUCGUCUGUGCGGCGCUCCACCACGUCGCCGACCCCGAGGGACUGCUACGUCGUCUCUCCAAGACACUACGCCCGGGGGGUGUCUGCGUGGUCCUCGACCGGGUUCUCUCAGACGAGAGACCCGAAUUGCUGCUAGGUAAAGACCUCCCCGAGUCGGCGAGAAACGUUCUACAGACCAUCAACAAGCACGGCUUCACCGAAGAGGAUAUGCGCAAGUACUUCCACGGUGCCGGCAUGGGUAGAAACUUUGAGUUCGUGGUCAUCGAGCGACCGUUCAAGGUGACGUUAUUUGGCCAGGAGAUGGAGUUGGAGUCGUUCAUAGCGCGAGGGGAGGUUGCUUGA